AUGGCAGGAUUUACACAGUCAGAAAAGUUUCUACCGCCGAGCCCAAAAAAAAUCAUGACAAAAAUCAAGGCAUAUUUCAAAAUUAAACUGCUAAUCAGUAAUAAUACCCAAAGACUUCAAGCUUUGAAUACAAGACUAUAUCCAUGUUUAUUAUACUAUAUACAUAAUACAAGUAUCAAAUAUGACCUCCUUUGCUUUCAAAGCAUCAGCAUUGAUAUUGACUGUCUAACCAGCCACCCAUAUCUCGAGAGAACUACUAGAGACACUCAAUGGGGUCUAUACCCGGAUUCUGAGCCGGCCAGUAGUCAAACCCCGGGAUCUCAUGACCACCUUUUCACCACCUCAAACAAGAGUCAAUAUGACAGCUAUCAUUGCCUUCUGGACCAUUUUGUUGGCUCUGGAGAUCCUGUUUUGCCCACUCUCUUGAAGAAGUACUUGAGAGUGGGUAGAAUCAUACCAGCUACUAAUGAAAUCUGGGCUGCACCAAAGUCUGCAAAAUGGAUAUAUAUUAUUGUACUGGCCCUGAUAGAUUCGCUUAUGCCAUUCAAAUUAGAAGUACUAUAA